AUGCAUCCCCCAGUUACCAUCAUCCCGGUCAAAGUCGAAUCCAGCCAAAAUCUCCCUUGCUGCAUCCAGAGUCUCGUCACGAACAUCAUCUUCAUCGUUAUACUCGGGUUCAUUGUCCUCACCCACUGUAGGAGCAGCCUGUCCAUCGUAACCAUAGAGUGGGUUGCGAGCCGUCUCGACAGGGUCCCCAACAUCUCCAGUCCACCAGCCUUCUCGCAUCGCCCUGGUUUUACUAAGCUCGUAAAGGGCGAGUGGAGUGCGGUUACCCUCGGUGCGCAUACGGUGUUUGUUCCAAGCCUGGCGAUGACGAUCAAGCGCGGCCUGGAUGCGUGGUGUGUAGACCAGAUGGAGGCAUGUUCGGUGGAGAGGAUUUUCGCGCUCAAGGAGGCCGAUGCCCUCAAGGUGAAAGAAGAUCUGUCGGAAGGUUUCGAAAACACCCUUGCGUGA